AUGUCGUCAUCUCCAACCAGACGAGAAAGGAUUCACCUUGAUGGCCGCACUCUCGAAGGAGGAGGUCAAUUAGUGCGUAUCGCGCUGGCCCUCUCCACCAUCACCGGCAAACCCAUCACAAUCGACCACAUUCGCGGCAACCGCACCGGCAAGAAGGGUCUCAAAGCAUCCCAUCUGGCUGCCAUCAAAUACCUAGCAGACGUCAGCGGGAGUGCCGUCUCAGGCGCCGAGGUGGGAUCGUCUUCAUUGACCUAUCAUCCCCCAGCAGAUGCAGAGACCUGCGUUCGACAAAACGGAGACAUUACCAUCCACCUCCCAACAGCUGGGUCUAUAUCACUAGUCUUUCAGGCUUUGUACCCGUAUCUACUUCAUACAGCGGGCUGUCUAUCGGACGAAGAACCACAGCCCGUCCGUAUGAGCAUCACAGGAGGCACAAAUGUAUCCUUUUCGCCGUCGUAUGAUUACAUCUCGCAGGUCCUGGUGCCGAAUUUCGCCAGGGUUGGGCUUCCACCGCUCGCCGUCCGUCUGGACAAGAGAGGAUGGGCGACUGGACCGUUCAGUUUGGGGAAGAUGACGUUCGUCAUUCACCCAAUGCGCAGAAACCAGGAGUCUCGUUAUGGGUUUCCUCAAGUCGAUCUAGACAGAUACCCGAGGGGCAGGAUCACCCAUAUCGAUAUCACGGUUUUGGCACCGGAUACUCUCCUAUUUGGCGGAUCUGAGCAGCAUGCGCAUCGAAAAGAGGGGAAUUCGCAAACAUCGAACAAUACUUCUCGGCCUAUAACUGUCCGCCAACUCAUCGAGUAUGAAACCAUGCGUAUGCUGCGCACUCGACUCCGAAAAAUGCCCUCCUCGAUAGUCAAAGGAGGAAGUGCGGGUCCACCAGCUAGUCCACAUGAAAACGACGAGAUUGUGCCUAUCAAUCUGCAUGUCUCAGAAAGAACGCACCACCGCUCACAUAUUUACCUUCUCAUCGUGGGAUAUACAUCGAAUGGGUUCAAGAUAGGUCGAGAGGCGCUUUUCGGCGCUCACGCGGAGGGUUCUCUGAGAAAGACACUCGGCCGAAAAGGUCGACCGACAGAUGAUAGGAGUAUAGCUACAGAACUGGUGGAGAGAUGCGUGGAUGCCUUUGAGUAUGAGUUGUAUGACCUACGGCUGCACAGUAGAUGUGCAGGACGUCAGCCCUGUGUGGACGAGUAUAUGCGAGAUCAGCUGGUUAUAUUCGAGGCGCUCGGCAUGUCUACAUCCAAGAAUGAAGCCGAUGGCAAGGGCAAAGAGGGUGAGGAGUAUUAUAGUCUCCAUACGAAGACAGCACGGUGGGUAUGCGAGCAGAUGUUGGGCGUGGAGUGGUAA